AUGAGCUUGCGCUUCCUCAACACAAGCUUCCUCUUCCUCCUCCCUGUCCUCGGGUCCCGUAUCACCAAAAUUGGUGUCCUCGAGGUGAUCGAAAGUUCCAUCGAGUGCAUCAGGGCCUGGGAUAUUGGUUAUGAACACACUGUCUUCUGCGCCAUCAAUGGCAAUAAUCCGAUCAUCCUUGUGCUUCGAUAUGGGUGGCUGUUCGGGGUGAUCAGAAGCAUCCGGAGGACGCUUGCUAGACGAUGGCACCGGUAUAGGAGCUGGAGUUUGUGCAGGAAGUGGUGGGGGGAAAAGUCUAGCGAGUCUGUUGGGUUUGUGCUGGAAGCAGGCAUCACAAUCACAUAUGAAGCGUAUAUGCGCAAUCGCAAUGUUAAUCUAGGCGUAGCUUUGCAACUUGCAAAGUGCCGUUUGCAACAUUUGCAGCAAAUACACUGCAAAUUUCUCACGUGUAUCGCUACCUAUCUACCUCAUUCUUGUCGAUUUUCACUGGGACUCAACGCCAACAGAUCGAUCAAAGUUGACUGUGCCGGUGCUAUGCCGAGAUUAGCAGUCAGACCCUGAAUUUUCUCGGCUUUCAUCCGACACCACACCACAACAUCCUAAAAAUGAGAAAAAAUGAGAUCUAUAUAGAGGCGGUACGAAUCUACAACACUCUAAAUUCGUGGAAGAUAAUAUGAAGUGGUUGAUGAGCUACAAAAGAUUUGCUGAAAAUGUUGCAGAUUACCCGGAGUGAUAGUAGUCUUGCAUUAA